AGCUCGACGACCGGAAGCGUUCCGCCCGGCCCAGCUCCUCGACCAAAACGAGACAUCGAUGGCACCUCUUCCGGAGCUGGUGGAGAAACCGACCAAAGCAACUGCGAACAAGGUGCGAGUGGGCAAAGGAAAGCCUUUGCCAUAUGGCUGCUCUCAAGCUGCGAAAGGACUGAAUUUUAGCAUUUUGGCGCCGGACUCCUUAGUUGCCUGGCUCGUUGUCGAAGUACCAUCUGGCCAGGAGAAUACGGUGACUUUUCCGGACGUCCAGGGGAGCUUUUUGCGUUUCGAGCUUCAAGCGCCGGUGAACCGCACCGGGAACACCUGGCACAUCCAGAUUGUGGCGCCCUUCUCCUUGGAAGGUCUUCGCUACGGUUGGCACAUCGAUCCGGAGGUAAGCUAUGACAACCAGCCCCUCCUCGAGCAACCGGUGCUGGAUCCCUGUGCUCGGUGCCUCACCUCCGGAGGUGUCGAGGUCUGGAACAAGCGUGGGGAGAACAUCAAGUACGCCCCCUUGUCCGUGGUGCCCGACUUCCGUGCGCUGGAUUGCUUUGAUUGGCAAGGUGUAACCUCCCCAGGCUAUGCCUUGCAGGACCUGAUCAUCUAUGAGGCCCACGUGAGAAGUUUCACCAAGAACAAAGACAGCGGGGUCAAGGCACCAGGGACUUUCCUGGGCUUCAUCGAAAAGAUCCCGCACCUCCUCAACUUGGGCAUCAACUGCGUCGAGCUGCUGCCAAUCUUCGAGUUCGAUGAGUCACAGGUGCCAUGGAAGCACCCCAAGACAGGGGAACACCUUUGUCAGUACUGGGGCUACCAGACAUGUUCUUACAACACGCCCAUGCAGCGCUUCGCCGUGGGAUCCACCAAGAAUCCGUGGGCUGCCAUUGUGGAGUUCAAGACGUUGGUGCGGGAGCUCCACCGAAAUGGCAUCGAGGUUGUCUUAGAUGUGGUCUUCAACCACACUGGAGAGGGCGCUUGGGGCGUCAGCAACUGGAAUUGCCUGGCCAAAGUGGCCGUCAACCACUACUACCUCAUGUCGAAUGGCUACCACACGAACUACACCGGCUGUGGGAACACUUUGCAUGCCAACAAUCCCAAUUGCACCGAGUGGAUCAUCGAUUGUUUGCGAUACUGGGCUUUGGACAUGCACGUGGACGGUUUUCGUUUUGACCUCGCAUCAUCUUUGACGAGAGGAAGUGAUGGUCAAUGCAUGCCGGAGCCACCCUUCAUCCGCCGCUUGGUGAGCGACCCUUGCCUCCAACACGUGAAGCUCAUUGCAGAGCCAUGGGAUUGCGCUUGGCCCGAUGGCUACUUAGUCGGCCAAUUCCCCAGCGGUGAUGGCAACCCUCGCUGGGCCGAGUGGAACGGCAAGUUCCGUGAUGCGGUACGGGGCUUCAUCAAGGGCGAUCCCAACAUGAAGGGCGAGUUUGCCACCCGCGUGUGUGGCAGCGCUGACCUCUACGAGCCGGAUGGCCGUGGGCCAUGCCAUUCCAUCAACUUCAUCACAGCGCAUGAUGGCUUCACCCUCCGUGACUUGGUCUCCUACAACAAGAAGCACAACCAUUUGAACAACGAAGAGAGCGGUGAAGACAACAACAUCUCAUGGAACUGUGGCGAAGAAAAUGAUGAAGGGCCUAGCAAGAAGAAAGACAUCAUGAAAUUGCGCGAUCAGCAGAUGCGGAACAUGAUCCUGGCGCUCUUCUUGUCUGCGGGAACGCCCAUGGUCACCUCCGGUGACGAGUAUGGCCGCAGCCAAGGAGGCAACAACAACACCUGGUGCCAGGAUGAGUUGAACUGGUUCUCUUGGGCCGACUGUGCCAAGGAAUCUGAAGGCCUGGUGCGCUUCUUCCGACUGGCGCUGGGCCUUCGCAAGCAGCACCGGGACUUGCUGGAGCGAACCACCUUCUUGACGCACGAGACGAUUCAGUGGAACCACGACGAUUGGGAGUCGGACUACAACUUUAUUUCCUACAUCCUCCACCGUGGAGGGGCCGAGACGGGCGAAGGCUCCGAGGGCGGCGAAGUCGCGGAGGCGGCGUCCGAGUGCGGCCAGGCUGGUAGCAGCCGUGACAGCACGGCAGCUGCCACCACCACCGAGAAGCAGCGCACCUGCGCUUUGCUCGUUGCCUUCAACGCAGGGCAUGUGGCCCACGAUUGUCGCUUGCCCGCGGGGCGCGAGUGGUUCCGCAUCGUCGACAGCAGCUUGCCAUCCCCCCAGGAUAUUUGCGAGUGUGAUGAGGAUGCCCAGGUCAUCACGGGGGAGAGCUACGUCAUGUCGCCCUACAGUUGCAUCGUCUUGCGGAGCUUCGAUGAUCUUGCAGAGUCCCAGCAAUACGACACGGCGCUGCUCCCUGGGAGUCGACUGCAGCAGCUGCAAAGUCAGCUUCGACAGGUGGCCUCGCAGCCUUUCCAAGCUCAGCUGGCAGAAGAGGACUUCGAGGAGAUUCACCCAAGCCUUCGAGGUGGACCCGAGCCAGAGCUCAUGUCCAAGCUCGGACAGGGCGGCUACCAUCACCACCCUGUGAUUGGCGCGUGACAGACAACACAGAGGCGUGACACGAGCGUGGUGCUCCGGCCCAGCCCCUGCCCCGCUGCGGCAGAAACAGCCUCCGCGCCUCGCGGGUGGAGGAUUGGAGUGGGCCGGUGGAAACUGGUUUGCGUGCGGCGCAGCAUUAGGGAGGGUGAAUUUGCUGGUGACGUGAUUCGUUGGAGAUGACAUGAAGGAAUGAACACUGGACGUCACCCAGCAAGACCUCCACAGAAGGACGCCGCUCGCAGACUACUGGUGAGGAGCCAGUGCUGAUGCAUUUGUAAUUCACAGCCCGGCUAUGAAGAAAGGUGUCUACUUUGCGGUCCUCAAACUGCAC